AUGAUUCCAUACUCGAAACCCUUCACACCGCCCAAGGCGUUACGGUAUGUUGAGGAUGUCCUCAACAGUGGGAAACUGGCUCAAGGGCCGUAUACCCAAAAAUGCGAAGACUGGCUGCGGGAGAUGAUGCCAGAGGGUAAAGCUUUCCUGGUCACUUCCGGAACAACGGCCCUCGAGAUGGCCGCCAUGAUAAUCGACAUCCGACCGGGCGACGAAGUAGUGUUCCCCAGCUACACAUUCGUCUCCACAGUCAACGCCUUCGUGGCGAGGGGUGCCACGCCUGUGUUCGUCGACAUCGAAAAGGACACGAUGAACCUCAACGUGGACCUGGUCGAGGCGGCCAUCACCGAAAGAACGCGGGCUAUCGUGCCCGUCCACUACGCCGGUGUCUCGUGCAAUAUGGACGGGUUGAUGAGGAUUGCGUCUCGUCACUAUCUCGUGGUUGUCGAAGACGCAGCGCAAAGCCUCACUUCAAAGUAUCGCGGUACAUAUUCCGGCACCGUCGGCCACAUCGGCUGUAUCAGCUUCCACGAGACGAAGAACUUCACGUCCGGUGGCCAGGGAGGUGCCAUUUUGGUCAACCGAGAUGAGUUGGUCGACAGGGCCGAAGUGGUUUACGACAACGGCACAAACAGGGUCCAGUUCCUUCGAGGGAAGCUGCCAGUUUACGAGUGGCAAGACGUUGGAUCGAAUUAUAUAAUGUCCGAAGUUCUUGCUGCUCUUUUGUGGUCACAUCUCGAGAUGGCGCAGGAUAUUCAACAAACCAGGCUCAGAAUCUGGAACAGAUAUCAAACCUCACUCCAGCCACUCUCGGACUGUUAUGGUUGGUUCGACCUGCAAACCAUACCGAGAGACUGCGAGCAAAACGGACACAUAUUCUACCUGAAGUUGCGGGAAGCCUCCCGUCGGCCGAUGUUCGUGCAGUUCAUGAGAGAGCACGGAGUGUCGGCCACCGCCCACUACUCCCCACUGCACAAGUCUCCAAUAGGGAAGAGAAUAGGGAGGUUCGUUGGAGAGGAUGUGUACACGUCACUUUCAAGCCUUCAGCUUGUGCGCCUACCUAUUUACUUUGAGCUGAGCGAAGAGGACCAAAGCAGGGUCAUCUCCUUAGUUCGAGCUUUCUUCGAGCGUGGAGAGGAAGCACGGCUUUGA